AUGACGCUCUCGGGGCCAGCGAGGGCGUGGUUUAAUAACCUUGAGGCAGAAAGUAUUAGCAGUUUUGGAGAUCUGGCCACUCGCUUCAUCAGCCGGUUUAUUGCCGGGGUGCCUGCGGAUAGAAAGACGAGCUACCUGGAAAUAAUCAAGCAGAGAAGAGACGAAUCGCUCAGGGAGUACGUCGCUCGUUUCAAUACGGAGGCUCUGCAAGUUCCCGAGCUCGAUGAGGGAAGGGCGGUGGAGGCCAUGCAGAAGGGAACGACCUCUGCUGAGUUCUUCGGCUCACUAAGCAGGAAGCCUCCGACCUCACUAGCCGAGCUGAUGCAGAGGGCUGAAAAGUAUAUAAGGCAGGAUGAUACCUUAGUGACAAGCCGAUUCGCCAAAAGAGCGAUAGGUAAGGAGAAAGCCCCGGAGGAAAGGAGGCCGGAGAAGCAUGAGAGGAAACAUGGCAAAAGGCCUGAGCCUUACAGAUAG